GUGAAGUAUUUCCCCAUGUUUUCUCUAGACUGCUCCAGUGUGUGGGGUUGUGCCGGUUAUAGUACAUGACAGCAGCCAUUCCACACACACAGAGUCACAGUGCGUCCUUUGACCUGCGUCGCUUCCAAAAUAGAGGGACGACCUAGUGGAGACUUGAGUCAGAGCUGCAGUUGUUAACUGCCCACUUUUGACAGUGAGUCAAACAAAAAGGAGGCGACGCACUUCACUCUGGAUUCCUGGAGGAGCUGUGAGAUGUGAUGUGUGUGUCCGACCGUCAGCUCUCAGUCACGUCAAGGUCUUGAAGUGUAAAGUUCAGGAGAAAGGAGAAACUAGGACUGCCUACACUCCAGCUGAUCGUCUUAUGGGUCCUCUGUGCCUUACGAGUUCCAAGUGACGACAACGUUUUCCUGAUCGCAUCUGUCUCCAGUAACCAGUGGAGGGGAAUGAGGCUGACGGGGGGCCUUCAGCUGGUUCUGUUUCUGGCCUUGACCUCCAGAGCAGCAGGCCUCAGUAUCCCACUGGAAGUGGAGCAGCCACCGACCAUAAUAACUCAAACCUCAGGUCCCGUCAUUGGCCUUCCCUUCGACAACUUUAUCACCAUCAGGUGUGAAGCCAGGGCAAACCCCCCACCACAAUACAGAUGGACAAAAGAUGGCGAGGACUUUACUCCUCCAUACAUCACCACCAACAACACAGGUGGAACUUUUGUGCUUCACUUCAAACAGCUCACCCAGUUCCAGGGUAAAUACAGAUGCUACGCCUUCAACAAACUGGGAACUGCCAUAACGGAGGAGAUUGAACUGAUGGUUCCCAAUAUCCCUAAGUUUCCGAAGGAGGAAAUUGAUCCAGUUGUUGUUAAGGAGGGAGAGCCAAUCCUCCUGAAGUGCAACCCUCCGCAGGGUAUGGGUCAGCGGCAGAUCUACUGGAUGACUAUUGAUCUCCAGCACAUUGAGCAGGAUGACAGGGUGUCCAUGGACGUCGACGGCAACCUGUACUUCUCUAACGCCUUUCAGAAAGACAGUCGGAAGGAUUACUGCUGCUUUGUCGCCUUCUCCAUAUUUCGCGCCAUUAUCCAGAAGUCCCCGAUGGCUGUCGUGGUCAAGAGCUUGAAACCUGACAACAAAUCUGCUAACGCCAGCAAUUCCAUUGAAGCCCCCCCAGUGAGAAAAGCUGGCCUGCUGCUGCCCUCUGGUGUUCAGACAGAGAAGGUGCUGUUGAAGGGGAGAGAUCUGAAGCUCGAGUGCAUACCAGAGGGAUUUCCCACUCCGACCGUGAAAUGGAUAAAAAUGGGGGAAGACCUGCCAGUGCGGACAAAAUUCAAAAACUCUGGAAAGAUGUUGUCCAUCUCUGCAGUAGAGGAGAGGGAUCAGGGGAAAUACAUGUGUACCGCGGAAAACUCUGGUGGAAAGGUUGUCCACUACUUUGACGUCAUAGUGGAAGAGCCGCCAAAGUGGCUGACAGAGCCUCCUCAGAGCCAGCUGACUGUGAUCGGGGCUGAUGUUCACAUCAAGUGCUCGGUCAGCGGAAAACCACUGCCAGACAUAACGUGGAGGAGGAACGGAGAAUUGUUCGAAGAUGACCCUGGGAGCAACAGGCGAGUGCUCGAUGACACUGUGGUGCUGCAUAACGCCAGAGAAGAGGACAGUGCUGUGUACCAGUGUGAGGCCUCCAACACUCACGGCAGUAUUCUGGCCAACGUUAACAUCAUGGUCACGAAUGUGACUCCUCUGAUAUUGACGAGGGACUACCAAGAGUAUGAAGUAAUACUUGGUGAUCACAUCAUCAUGGACUGCACCGUGUUCAGCUCUCCACCAGCGACCAUCACUUGGGCCAAAGACUAUGAUCCAGAAGCUAUCAAGGGAGAGCGAUUUUUGUCUCUGCAGAACGGAGCGUUGCAAAUCAUCAGAGCAGAAAAAGAUGACAGCGGGGAAUAUGUGUGUGCCGCCUCUAAUACGGAGGGGGAGUCAGCCGUCACUGCUCUGCUGGAUGUGAAAGACCCUACGAAAAUAGUAGCACCGCCUCAGGACGCGGAGAUCAUCAGUGGGAGCACAGCCCAGUUGACGUGCCAGGUAGAAUAUGAUAAAACCCUGCGGAGCACCUUCCACGUGGUGUGGAUAAAGGAUGGGGAGGAGAUCCUGACUUCCUUUGAGGAGAAGUCCAGAUACUUUAUGGACGAUGGCAUGCUGCAGAUCAUGAAUGUGAACCUGAGUGAUCAAGGAAUUUACACAUGCAUCGCUAGAACCAAUCUAGAUGAAGACAAUGCUGCUGCACAUCUCACAGUACUGGACGUUCCUGAUGCUCCAAAGAAUAUCGAGCUUUCUGAACAUAAGGUCCCACGGAACGUCACAUUGUCUUGGACACCUGGAAGUGAUCACAACAGCUCUGUAACAGAAUUUAUAGUGGAAUACGAGGAGAGCCAAUGGGAGCCCGGCAGGUGGAGGGAGCUACAGAAAGUCCCCGGUAACCAGGCAACAGCCGAGCUGGCACUAAAUGGACACCUCAACUACCAGUUCAGAGUGUAUGCUGUGAACGCGGUCGGACCCGGACCCCCCAGUGAGCCCACUGAGAGAUACAAAACACCCCCUGCUGCUCCUGAUAGGAACCCGGAGAACAUCAAAAUUCAAGGACACCUUCCUCAUCAAAUGGACAUCACCUGGGAGCCGCUGCUGCCGAUCGAACACAACGGCCCGGGCCUGGAGUACAAGGUGAGCUACAGGAAACUGGGGGUGGAGGACACCUGGAAGGAUCACAUGGAGAAGAGACACUCGUUUGUCGUGAGGAACACGAGCACGUUCGUCCCGUAUGAGAUCAAAAUUCAGAGCAGGAACAGCCACGGGUGGGCACCUGAACCCAAAGUCCUCACGGGCUACUCUGGAGAAGAUGUUCCAACUGCGGCGCCGCGGGACAUCGCGGUGGAGGUGAUCAACACCACCGUUCUGAGAGUGAGCUGGACCCCGGUUCCACCUGCCACAGUCAGAGGUCAUCUCGGGGGCUACAAUGUUCACUGGGUGAGGAAGCACAGUCUGCUGAAUCCCAACAAGAUUUUUGAUGACCGCCAGUCGCUGUCCUUCACAGGGAAGAGGAGUCACGCCAUCGUCCCGGGUCUCAAACCUUUCACCGAGUACAGACUCAUUGUGAGCGUUUUCAACAAGAAGGGCAAUGGGCCCAACAGUGACCCGGUCACCUUCAACACUCCAGAGGGAGUUCCUGAACAAGUGCCUAUCCUGACCGCCUCCAACGCGCAGAAAGACUCCAUUUUGUUGGUAUGGGGACCCCCCCCGGAGGCGAACGGCAUCCUCACUGGUUAUCUCCUGCAGCACCACCUCAUUAAUGAGACCACACUGGAGGUGGUUGACUCCCAGGAGACGAACAUCACUGGGGCCGACACCACUCAGUGGGAGCUCCACGGCCUGCAGGAGGGCAGCCUCUACCGCUUCCACCUCAGUGCCUGCACUCGAGCAGGCUGCGGACCUCCACUCGCCCAGGAGAGCAACACGGUCACUCCGGAACAUUUGUCCCUGACUCCAGCUGUGGCCCCUAUUCAGAGCAGUGAUGGUAACUGGUGGAUUUCUGAAGCCGUAAACACUUCUCAAAGUUUCCACGUAAUUGAUGGGCUCACACCCGGGACGGUGUACACAGUGCGCCUCAUGGCCAAGGGACUACUUGAUAACGCUAGCAUUUUCGAGGACGUUAUCCAGACUCAAGUCAAAGGUGUUGAAGGUCAGCAGAGAAACUCCUCGACCCAGGGAUGGGUCAUUGGGACCAUGUGUGCUGUGGCACUCCUCACCCUUGUCGCACUCAUGGCUUGCUUUGUGCGGCGAAACAAAGGUGGCAAAUAUGCAGGUACGCCACCGCCGCGCCGGCGACCAGACAUGUUCUCCAUGGAAAAAGUGAAAGAGAAGGAGGACCUCCACCCUGACGUCGAGUCACAAGGAUUGAAUGAUGACACCUUCUCUGAAUACAGUGACAGCGACGAGAAACCACUGAAGGGCAGUAGCCUGUGUUCCCUGAAUGGCAAUGACACAGUCGGGGACAGCGUCAGCAGAGACAGCCUGGGUGACUACGCCGAGAGUGAAGGGGAAUUCAAUGAGGACGGCUCAUUUAUCGGAGAAUAUUCUGGACGCAGGCACAGAGGUUCAGUGAGCGAGCCCAGCGGACCCGGCCCAGUCACUGCAUAAAGCAUGGCUGCGGCUCAAACUGUCUAUUUCAAAUCCUUUCAAGAGACUUUAUAAAUUCAGCAUCACUGGCAUUAAAUAUAGCUCCAAUAGCCAUAUGGAGGAACAAAGAUAUUUUUUUCUGAAGACUGGGAAGGGAAGAACACACCAGUCAUACACCUCAGUGGGAAAACCAUGUGAGUCUUUGUACAUACUGUAAGAGAAUGGACUGUAUCGUUUAUAUGUUUGAAUUUCUUUUGGAAUAAUUUUAUUGAUGAUAAUAAAGAGCUUUUUUCUACCUGA